UGUCAUUCAAAACCACAAAGUGAAACUGACUGGCAAUUUUUCAAGACAAAAGCCGGAAAUCACUGUAGAAAGCGUAAUUUAAUUCAUAAAAGAGAAAUUAAAUCAUGUCUUUCUUAGCCAAACAGUUCGGCAAAAGGGUGCUUUUACCGGCACUUUCUACAGUAAAGAAAGUGAACCUUUCCACAACCAGUGUUGCCCUUACCCCGAAGGUUCAGAAGCCCGCCCCAGACUUUGCAGCGACAGCUGUAGUGAACGGAGAAUUCAAUAACCUCAAGCUGGCUGACUUUAGUGGGAAAUAUGUUGUCUUACUCUUCUACCCGUUGGAUUUCACCUUUGUCUGCCCCACGGAGCUGAUCGCAUUCAGCGACCGAUCAAAAGACUUCGCCAACAUCGACUGUCAGGUUCUCGGAGUGUCCACUGACUCGGAGUUCAGCCAUCUUGCCUGGAUCAAUACACCCAGGAAGGACGGUGGUUUGGGAAAACUAGACAUUCCUCUUCUGGCCGACUACAAAAAGAAGAUGUCCCAGGACUAUGAUGUUCUAUUGGAUGACGGCUUCGCGCUGCGUGGCCUCUUCGUGAUCGAUAGGAACGGUAUCCUCCGUCACAUGUCCAUCAACGACUUGCCAGUCGGCCGCUCCGUCGAGGAAACUCUGCGACUAGUGAAGGCCUUCCAGUUCUCCGAUAAACACGGACAAGUGUGCCCAGCCAAUUGGGACCCAGACACGAACUCUGACACAAUCAAACCGAGCCCUAAGGAAAGCAAGGAGUACUUCAAUAAAGCUAACUAAAUAAUUAUCUAGGCUGUAUGCUGUAUUCAAUCUUGGGGGCAUUUAUAUUAAGUCCAUUUUUGCAUGGCAUGGACAAAAAAUUUGAAACUAUGAAAGGCUCGGAACCGGUUUUUUCUUCCUACAAGAAAUACGUAUUAUUACGUUUAUUGGUUUAUUAUUUCAUUUUGAAUUGGACGAUCUGAUAAUACGAAGAUGUUACCUACAUACAUAAUUCAGUCUUAAAGAGCAUAAAAUGAUUAAAAAUAUUGGGCUAUUUCGGGGUUCUGAAAAAAAAAACCGGUUCCGUGCCCUGGCUAUCUAAGAGAGCAAAAUAGUUAUUAUUAAGGUGGCAUCUAACUGUCUGUGAAGGGUUAAAUGUAAAAGAAACGUGGUCACAGCUUCGAGCAACACUGGCUUCCGACAUUGUGGGAAGGGAGGAGCCCAAGCGAUAUCUUACCGUACAAAAUCGUUCUGCUAUUUUUUGCGGGGGGAAACGUGCACACAGUCGCACUUAUACUACAUAAAAAAUCCAAUCUGUAAUGACGACAAAAAUACAUAGAUAAUGACACACGUCAAAGACAAAUCUUGCACACCUCGAUCUCUUUUUGUGUAUGAAUCGCAUCGCGCUUCUGUGCUUCGGCAGAGGGAAAAUAGUGCGAAUGCCGACUCCCUUCCCGCUGUUGCUCGAAGGUUCAAAGUCUCAAUAAAUAGAUAGGCUCUGUGAAGUACUCGAAAUCUUUAUUUAAAGUAGUUAAGAAUACAUCAUCUGUUAAGUUA